AUGCGAUCCACCUCACGAUCCACUUCUCAAAGUCCAUUGAAUCCGCCACGGACGCCUCCUCCUACCUCGGGGCGUGUUCAAGACCAGCGCGAGUUUAUCGUCGUCGGCCUUGAAUCAGAUUGGAUCCUUGAUUCAAUAUCAUCCGAGGUCUUGCAACAGGCUGUUGCACUGGCGAUUGCUCUAGUGGAGUCGCCGGCCGGCUUGUCGGCCACAAAUACGAUUCUCUCCGCGCCUCCGGCUCCCUCUCCCGGGCCUACCGAUCCCCUCCCUCCUCCCCCGCCCUUAUCUCCUCCUCAACCCAUCCAUCCCACACUCAGAGCUUGGUUAUCCGCAAAUCGCUGCCAGAUUUGUGUAGACGAGAGCAUAAUAGACUACGGAAUGUCAACUUUCGACAGGCAUCUGGUACACUUGGCCGCUGUGAUUGCUCACGAACUACAGCAUGUCAUCAUGUUCUUCCGGGACCGCACCGCAAGUGCCCCUCCCACAAUCCACGACGGCUGUAGGGAGCAUAUGAGAGCAACUUCAGUCGGUUUGGUAGGCGAGAGUGGGUGUUAUUGGGAAAAGAUGACUCUAGGAGGAGAGUUGAUCGGGGUCCUGAAGAGUGCUGAAACACGCCGAUUCCUGAAUGAGAUAGACUUUUUGAUUUUACAGGAAUACCACCCCAUUGAGCAGUACGGUCCAGUGAAUUUAUCCGCGAUAGCCCAACUGGCAGGACUUCUCCAUGGGUGGCAGAAUUGCAUCCCGAUCAGAGUUAGAGCGAACCUACUCACUCCCGGACUCAACACUCAGCUCCGACUCCGGGAUAGUCAACCUUCCGGGACAGGUCCAUACCGUCACCCUCCACGUCGCGCCAUACUUGGUAUCUUCCCUCAGACCAACCCUCGGACGUGUCGCAAGACUAUGAGGACGAAGGAGGUGCUUCCCCUCACUAACGAUGCAAACACAGAUCAGAAAUAG